AUGGCCAUUGGAGUGGCAAUGGUACUCAAAAGCAGUGAUACAGUUAGUGAUCCUUUGUUGGGUGCCGAUUAUAGCAUUCAGUCAAAACAAGUUGAUGCAUUCCAGGAUGAGAUGUGUGGUGAUUGGGAAGGAAUCAUGUACCCAUUGGGUGUCAUGUACUAUUUUUCCUGCAAGACACAUGCAGAAAACUGUGAGAAGAUAUGUGGUUCCUGGUUGUUGAACCUAUUACAAAGCAGGACAGUGAUCACUAUGAAUAUUACUGUGCAGACACAAAGCAGCAUGUCAUUGCUUGGUUUGAUGCAUUUGAUGCAAGUCUGCUUUUUCAGGAGUGUGUUCACAUGUCUUGAGCUUGAAGCACAAUUUUGGAAGCAUGUCGAUUUCUUUCCAUGUCAUUACAAAAUGAGGCCUUCUGAUGCAAAUGAGCUACAAGCUCAGUUGGAAUGGUUUUCAGCAGAUGGAGAAAAUAAUAUCUUGUAUCAUCAGAUUUGGAUCUCAUCUGUUGUCCAAUGA